AUGUCCUCCGCUACACUUGCAUAUCCCCCUCGCGGCCGUUCCCGCAAUGUCUCUGCCGCCGCCAUUGCUCGCGAAGCAUCAGUGAUGCGACAGAACGCUAUCUCUGCACUGUCCCGCCCACAACUCGGCGUCCCGGAGAAGGGCGCCUACGCCAGGCCAGACGUUCGGGUCGAGCAGCCUGACAGCCAACAUGCCGUGCCCGACCCGCGACGUCCUACACCACAGCAGAUUAUUCGCCCGCCACCGAUGACUCACGCGUAUUCGUCGCCACCCACACUACCCAUCCCCAAACAGCGCACACAACCACGCCCUUCCCCUGCGUCGCCAUUCCAGUCUCAACCUCUCCGCUCUACACCGCAACAGUCACCUCCCGUCAAGAGUUCCGCCCGGACUAGGCACCCAACCCGCUCGCCUCAGAAUGCAGUGGCCUCUUCAUCUCAACUUACUAUCCCGGCGUCAACCCCACCUCUCGUCUCUGACUCGUCCUCUUCCGAAGACGACCAAGUCUUGGCUACCCGCAAACGGUGUCUUGUCCGUCGGCAGCGAAUGGCUCGCGCAGAAGCCGCCUUUACCUCCGCACGCGACCGUUCGAGAAAGGAGCGAAUUGACGCCCUGACCGCUCGGGGUAUAGCCGAGGAUGCGGCUCUCGAGCGGGAACGACUUGCGCGCGAGGAGGCCGAGCGUAAAUUGCGGCGCACGACAGUCUGCAGGACACCCGUCGUAUCGCGCACUUACAGCACCCCGCCUGUAAAGCGAGCAUCAUCCGGUACAGACGGGGACUUCACAUAUGCCUUCCCUGUAUCGUCCUCCCGAGCAGGCAUGGGAUUAUGGAAUGCUCGUGCUAAGCACGGCACCCCGCGCACCCGCCGGGCUUUGCAGGAGCUUCUCGAACCCACACCAAACCCGCAAGCUGUACCGUUUGAGGACGUUCGCGCUGCGAUGGAAGGGGAACUGUUCCCCGAGCACGAACCCAGCCCUACACGGCAUUCCUCUCCCUGGACCAGGGCUCGCUCUCGCGAUUCAGAGACCGCAUUUGCCGAGGAUGCCCGCCGAAGAGCGUUUGCGGCGCUUAUGGUGGCACCUUCCGAGAAUGCAUCAAAGCCCUCUAAGCGCCGGCGUCCACGCGACAGCGACCCCGUCCCUCAGGAUAGAGACUGUGCUGCCUGCGCCGCUGCUUGGGCGCACUCAUUGUCCAGCUUGGAGCCUUCCCUCGGACUCAACCACCUUGCUGUACCUACGACGCCACCACUUGACACCUCAGAUUUAUCACCCGCGAGCUCUACCCUCAGCUCACCGAUUGCCACACCGCGCUCGUGGCUGCCACUUACAUUCUUCGGUCGGGCGAAGGUUCGCGUGCCACCCACACCUCCAUCCCCGGCGCAGGUGCUCUUGCCGCAGCCCGCGCCCGCUGAACCAGUGCGCCACACGUGCGGCCGCCCACAAGCACAAUGUUUCACUGCGGUGGAUGUCAAUGACACGCCACUUGCUACUCCUGCGCCACCACCCCCACCUCCGCGUUCAACCCCGUUCUCCUCGGUCGUCGUCGCGACACCGGCCAUCGAGGAGGCAAUUGAACCGGUCAACAAGCGUGCCAGUUGGCUCGCGCCUGUGAACGCUCUCUUCGCGUCUGCUGCUCGCGUGCACGAGGCAUAUGUUCAAGCAACGCUCCUGACGCUUUCAUCGCCCGAGCACACCACCCACAGGCGCCGCAGACGCUCCUCUACCACCUCCAGCUACUACUCGCGCUCGCUCUCUCCCGAUGGCUACUUCUGGCCUCGCGGCGUCGGCCCGGCGGACGUUCGCGCCUUCAAAGCCGAUGCGCCGCGUGCACCGGCCGAGCCGUACGUCCUCCGUGCGCUCGACCCGAUCGUACGGCAGCCCGCUCCGAAGCAUGAAAUUCUACCCCAGCCGGAGCACGAACGCAUGGGCCCGGCGCCCGCCGCGUUCGUGUCUGCCGCGCAGGCUGUCGGGAGCGGUGGUCCGCGUGCACGUCCUGUGGCUCAUCACGCGCAUCUGCGCGCCAGCGCCAUCCUGAACGCGCGAAGGAUCGCUAGCGGCGGUCCGAUCCCGCCUGGUGGUAUAAUGCUACCUGAGCGGGUCGUGUCCAUCGCUUGGGAUGUACAUGCGUCUGGCGCUAAGCGCGGUAGCGCGCUGAAGUGGGGCUGGAGAAUGAUCUGGUCGGAAGACGAGGAGUAG